UCGCUUUUAUUUCGUUGUCAGCUUUUUCAAAUCAUCAGUGUAUUUGGGGCUGCUUAUCGUUAUCGCUCUACCCCGUAUUUUAUGAAUGACGCCGCGGGUGAAUAGUAGAACAGAAAUAAAAGUGUAGAAUGUGAAGCAACUGGUGUCGGUGUACUAGCCAACAUAUUAAAAUGCCAAACAAUAGAAAAUAAUGAAGAUAAUUAAAGGAGUAUCCAUCCACACUACAGAAAGCAAAAAAUAUAUACAAUAAUAAUAAUAUACUUGUGCCUUUAAACCAUGAGUUUUCAUACAUAUAUAUAUAUAUAUAUUUACACGUAUUCGCAAAAGUGUAUAUUAUUUAUAGAUGUAUGAUAAUUAUAAAGAACAAAGUAUUUUCACUUGAAUGUUAAAACUUUUCGCGUAUUGUCUGCUUAGAGGUUUGCUAUGAAAAUGCAGUCAUAGGUGCACUGUGCACACAAGCGGAAAACUGUGAAACUCAAAUCGACUGCUAAAAAAAAAGUUAAAUUUGUUUGCGAGUUUUUUUUAUGCCACAAAAGUAAAUAAUUGAAAUAUUUUGUGCAAUGGCUCUGACCUACAACCGAAUAGUAGAACCAUUAUCACUCCUUCUCUUCGGACUAACAUUCUUACACAACUGGUCAGAAUUUGACGCCCUACCCAAUCCUGGUGAAGAGAUUCCAGUGGCCUUGCCUCAACCACAGCUGCCAAUCGGGCCCAUAUCACUACAGCCACUGCCACCACCGAACCUAUUACCAUUACCGAACAAUGCACCGAUUACGCCCACAACCAGCACACCGCCAGCUGAGCCGGAGAUACCUGAAUACCGCAGGCAAUGCUUCUAUGCGGAGGAGGAGCUUUGCGACGAACAGUUGGCCAGUUGGAGCCAACAAGCAUAUGAUCACCACUCACAUUUAGGCACUUGUCAUUGUCGCCCUUAUGCGAAUAUGCCCACCUCUUGGUAUUGUUGCAACGUCACUCACAUGUCAAUGGUCUCUUCCUGCAGCAACACCACCAGCUGGUCGAACUUGCAUAUACGCAAUGUUACAUUGCAGGAAUUGGAUUUAUCGAAUUUCCUUUAUCAAAAGCUACAAUCACUGGCCAUCACCGAUGGCAACAUCACGAAAUUAGUGGGCAGCUUCUCGCGGUUUUCCUCCAUCAAAUGCCUGAAUGUGUCCAAUAACAAUUUAUCGGAAAUUGCGCAACGUGGCUUGAUACCGCCCACUCUGAAAGUAUUGGAUAUCUCGAAGAAUAAUUUGACGAGCAUACCAAAUUUUAAUCAAAAUCAGAAUAUCACUUUGGAUGUGAGUGGCAACAACAAUAUGCUCUGUUUUGAUAUAUACAACUCGAUUUUUCGUGAUUCGCUGAUGUUCGUCAACCAACAGAAUUCUUAUUGUCUGCAAAAUUUCACUUUUCGCUGGUUCAAUUCAACCGAUUUAAUAUCCAUCAAGGAGCUAGUCAAAUGGCGACCUCUGAACACUGAUUGUCCCAGCAUACCGGGUUAUGGUAAUUGUACCUGCAAGAAGGAGCACAUGGUGACCACAGUGUCGGGAGAUGAAUCCGAGGCGAGAACAAAAAUUAUAUCUGAAGUCGAUUGCUCCAAUCUUGGGCUUGUUGAGCUUCCACCGAAACUGCCUGAGAAUACAUUCUCAUUGAAUGUCUCAAACAAUAAGAUCACAGGCAUUGGUAAACACUUCCAUACAAAUCCGACUUAUCAAAGCCUUAUUUAUUUGGUAGCUGACAAUAAUAAUAUUUCAACAAUAUAUGACUUUGAGGGCACCGCGUUCAUGGAACACUUUCAAAGACUGUACUUACGCAACAACGCAAUCAGUAGUAUUCCCGAAUACUUUUUGAGCAACGUACUUGAUAAUCAUGAUGUUGGACGUAUUAUCUUUCUCGGUGGAAAUGAACUGAAUUGCGAUUGUAAUUCUGCUAAAAAAUUAAAGUAUUGGUUGCUCGAACACAAUCGUGACAUUCCCGACUAUAACACAAUACGAUGCCGGAAUAUACCGCAAAGCGUUAUGGAAUUACGAGAAAAGAAGCUCUGCCAGUCCCCACAUGAUUGGACUGACUAUAUUUAUUACCUAAUUGCCACCGAAGUCAUUUUGCUGAUUGCUCUGAUUACAAAAGUCUCUUAUGAUUAUUGGGUAUUCAAAACAGCUGGAUAUUUGCCAUGGCCAGCAAGUAAAAUGCCAAAAUUACCAUGUGAUUGGCUUUGUGAAUCCUGAAGGUACGCAGUUAG